AGUCGCGUCGAGUACAUCAGGACUCACAGGAGUCUCUUCUCCGGCAUCACCGCUCGUGAUCCAAGCUAACUCAAGCUCGAGAGCUUCACCUGUCUGUCCUUUUGGGCCGCUGCCCACCUCCGAAGGCAGAAUGCCGCACCGCCCGGGACCCAACCAGACUCAAGCCACGAUCACCGUUCAAAGACUGCCGCCCGGUGCUGUGCCUUCAGCACCUGGACCCUUCUACCAGGAUGGCAAUUUCGAAUACAAAGAAGGCUUCAUUGUUCCCGAACCUCUGGUGGACGGAAAAAUCGAGACCCUGAAGGAGCGCGCCCGGGUCACAAACCAGGUGUAUCGUAAUGCUCAACUUAUCUUGCCCGGCCCGAAAGCCACCCACGACUGCGUGUUGGGCUCGUACCUGCGUCACGUCAGAGAACCGUACUUCUCAACAGUUCAAGUGCCCUACGGUCCUGACAUGCACACCCGAGUUACGCAAAGCGUAAACCAGCGUGCUUUCCCCCACGCGACGGCGGACGGAAGGAGAAUCAUCCAUCAGACCUACAACAACCCGUCGAGUCUCUACUCGUCCCAGAACGCUCAGGAUGCUUUUGCGUUGCACACGGGCAUGCACUCGCCUCGUCAGAAUCCUGCUGCGAAGUUGUCCGACAUCACGCUCUCACCUACCUAUCAACUGCUUCACGGUGCCGAUCCAGUCCAAGCACAUUCGCCAACUACCGGACAGGUGUACUCCCCUCAACCACAACCGCAGGGAGCCCAACCCUGGGGUCCAUCUCAAGCGCGCCACGGACCGACUCAGUCGUCGUCCUUCAACACCAUCAUGCACUCCGUAUGCGCACCUGGAAGCAACUUGUAAACUAUCGUGUACGAUUCCAACAUUCUCGGGGCGAUCUAAGACUCUCGAAAGAUCUUCCCAGAUCGCUAAUUGUACUGGCUGUGCUGAUUUGAGAGCUCUGAUUUCGACCCCACUCAUUCGAGAGCAGAUCGGUCUUGAGACUUGAGAAGAAUGUUGUGAGCGAAUUAAAAACCCGGAGAAUUUCUGAAUAAUUCACCGAUUACCCAAUCAUUCCGCUCCAAUGCGGAAAAAAAAAGCGUCGAGGGGAAGUCAGGGCCGUGUUACUCCAAACGAUUCCCACAACAAGCGUGAAAGGAUAGUGUCGAAUGUCGAUGUUCUGGAUAUAAAUUUCCCCGAACAGUUAUUGUCUCCGGGAAAAUUCCCAGCGGCGUACUUUUUCUUGCUCGAUCGCGGUAAGACGGCAUCCGCGACCUAUAACUACAUAUAUCCGUGGCUAAUAUGCAUGGAUUCGUGGAUGGAUGGCAUAUGUUCAUGGAUUGAGAGAUCAAUGAAUAAACAGUGCAGGGCAUAAAU